AUGGAGAUGAUUCGGCCUCGAUGGCUGCGCGACGCCGAGGAUGCGGAAGGACUGCUAACCACGGAAAAGACGGCACGGCACAGCAUCUUGAAUGCCUCCAGAAGCCUGUUCAACUUCGAGUACAGCAACAUCAAGUCGCCAUUUGCCCAGCCGGCCUCACUACACGAAACUUCCUACCUUGACGGGCUUCGUGGAGUUGCCUGUCUCUUCGUCGUCUUUCACCAUGUCACGACUGGCUUCUAUCCUUGGCUUGAGAUGGGCUACGGCGCGCCAGAUGGAUCUCUCAACCCAGGAGGAGAACCUCUCCCAAACCAUGCCUUCCUCUCGCUACCAUUCCUUCGAAUUACGCACGCAGGAGGCGCUAUGGUCGGCAUAUUCUUCACGAUAUCCGGAUAUGUUCUUUCGAUCAAGUCCGUGAAACUAGCAAGGGCCGACAACAUCACAAGCCUAUACGAGUCUCUCAGUGGUAGUACUUUCCGCCGAGGACCCAGACUCUACUUUCCGAUGAUCACAGCCAGCCUCAUCGCCAUGAUUGCAGCCCAGCUUGGCCUGUGCCGGCCAUACUUCUACCUCUGGCAUUACUCCGUUGCAGAUGGUAUUUUCUCACAACUCCAAACCUGGUUUUUGAUCAAUCUACGCUCCAUUUCGUACUACUCGGGCGGCAACGGUUGGGAACCCGUGCUCUGGACAAUUCCGGUCGACCGGCCGGUCUCCAAGGCUGCGGUUGGCUUUCCUCGUGGCAUGAUGAUCUUCUGGAUGUGGUACCAGAACGUGGCGGAGUGGCUGUUUACUGCCGGCAUGCUGUGCGCCGAGGUCCAUUUCUGGCAUACCUCAAAUUCGAUCAAGCUUGCGGCAGACAGUCCUCGCAGACACGUCGUCCGGGAAGUCGGCCUUUCUGCGAUUUUUGUCGUCAAUCUAUACCUUCUCGGAACGCCAGAUCCAGGACAUGGGCAAACCGAGUCCUACGGAUAUCAGUCCCUUACCACAACCUUCACGCUGCCACAAUAUCGCGGAUGGGCGCCAAUGUCUUCCGAUAGCUUCUGGCCUUGUAUGUCGGCCAUUAGCAUGGUUUUGUUGCUGGACUUCGCAGGCCCAGCUUCCUAUCUCCAAAGGCUGUUCUGCACCGGGAUAUCUCAGUGGCUGGGCAAGGUCAGCUUUUCCAUGUAUCUGUGGCACCAUUUCGUGAUGCAGGUGGUUUACUCGCCAGUGCUGAAGGCUGUGACGGACGUGUAUGGUAUCUCUGAUCCCUGGCUGCCGAGUUAUCAAUCUGGUGCCGCAGUGAUUGGAGUUGGCUUGCUCUGGUUGCCGGUCCUGGCCUGUGUGAGCGAGGCGUCGACGCGUACACUGGAUGUGUGGGGCAUCAAACUUGCGAAGUUGAUCAUGCGUUGGUGA